AUGCUUGAUUGCUUCCAGCUCCUGCAUUUUCACAUCGGAUCUCAGAUCCCAUCCACCGGCUUGCUCGCCGAUGGGGUCGGCGAAGAUGCGCAGAUCUAUUCUGAACUGGUCCGUCUCGGCGUCAACAUGCAAGUCCUCGACAUCGGCGGUGGGCUUGGAAUCGACUACGACGGCUCCAAAUCCGGCGAUUCGGAUCUCUCCGUCGCCUACGGUCUCGGAGAGUACGCUCUCGCCGUCGUCCAGGCGGUGAAAUUCGUCUGCGACAGGAAGAACAUCAAACACCCUGUUCUCUGCAGCGAGAGCGGCCGGGCCAUCGUCUCCCACCACUCCAUCCUCGUCUUCGAAGCUGUUUCCUCCACCGUGUCGAAAGCCGCCACCAUGACGCCGCUCGCCCUGCAGUACUUCGUCGACGGGCUGACCGACGAUGCCCGCGCCGACUACCGCAACAUGACUUCCGCCGCCAUGAGAGGUGAGUAUGAGACCUGCUUGCUCUAUGCUGAUCAAUUGAAACAGAGGUGUGUGGACUUGUUUAGAGAUGGCACCAUAGGAAUGGAACAUUUAGCUGCUGUUGAUGCCUUGUGUGAAUUCGUUGGGAAAGCAAACCUCCACCGGCUGCGAAAAUUGACAGGAAGAAGGGUUGGGUGGGGUUGGGUCAUGGGUUGGGUUGGGUUGGGUUGGUUUUAA